AUGCCCCGCAAGCGCAUAUAUCGCAGCGAUCUCUUCAGCUCGGAGCAGUUCGCUUCGAGGGAUGUGCUUGACUCUGCAUUGGAGGAGCUGAAAAGCCUUCUCACAAAGGAUAAUUUCAAGCAUGUUUUCCAAGAGCUAAUCGACAACGAGGCCUCUCGUAUCAUUCUCUUGAUCUUGUCGUGCUCUUACAUCUUCACAGCCCUGAGUGAGACUACACCAUUGAUUUCGUGGUUGCUGGAGUCCUUUCCCUCCGAAGCUGCGACCUAUGAUGGGACGGUCCACUACAGAGCUAUAUCUUGUCUCUCUACGGAGCUUCUUUCCUCCUCUUUUGUUGAAGACAGAGAAUUAUGUACCCGAUACCACGAACUAGCUCAGAUCACGCCCGAGGUUUUGAAAUACCUCGUCUCUGUUCUACGUCCCAUCGAUACUGGAUCGGAACGUCAUAACAAGAGGGGCAAGGCCAAGCAGUCUCAGAGGAGGCCCCAGCAAGUCAAGCGAGAAGACGGCGCCACAACUUUGGCCGAAAGGUAUUUCGAUAUUCUGAAUGUCGAUAUGCGUAAAACGUCGAGCGAUGCGUCUGUCCUCGUGGAUCGUGUUUUGCAAAGCCAAAAGAAUAUUCUCCAGUUCUAUUUGGAGCUGCUCGGUCGUCCUGAGAUAUCGGCAUUUUUCAAGGAACGUAUUGUCACCUCUGCGUCGUCCACAGAGGAGGAGAACACUCCGAAGGCGUUAUACUUCGAUACUGCCGAGGGCUUUGGCGAGUGGAUGAUCAUCAUUUCCACAAAUGCUGACAAAUUUUUGCGGAACGCCCACAAGAAAGAUCUCGUCGCAUUUAACGCCACCGUGAAGAAGAUAAAGGAACUCUCAUGCGGUCAUUUUACGGACAAUAAUCAAAGGCGUUUGAGUGGAAGCGCGACUGAGGUCCCUGUCUUUGAGGCCAAAAUCUCCCGUAACCUCAAACUCAUCUAUCAAAUUGACAUAAUCCCGGGCGAUGAUCAGAGAGAGCUACAAGCUAUCAAAAUUUUUGAUAUCUUUAACCACGCUCAAAUCGACAAUCAUCUCUGGAGUUCUAUCAGCAGUCAACUUCGCAAAAAGGGAAAAGAAUACAGGAAGAGAUGCGCCGUUAGGAAACACGCAGAUCAAUCCUCGAAGGAUACUUUUACUCCAGCUAUCUUUCCUCCGCUACCGGAAGUGUUGCUUUCGGAGAUCAAAGGCCUGCCGGAUUUACGUCCCGACGAAACAGCCCAGAUUCAUUCAAGACUCGUUGUCGAAAAAUACAUCACAUUUUCGCAGCCUUUUUUGAAUACCGUCCUAGCAGAUGUGGAUGCAACUUUUCCUCAUAUGGUUUCGUGCGCCACGGUCUUUAUACUCUCUUUCACUCAAGAGAAACGUAUCAUAGAGCAUCCACGGUCCUGCUACGUCAUAGGCCGCAGCGGCACGGGAAAAACAACUACUAUGUUAUUCAAGAUGUUGCUCAUCGAGCGGACGUUUCAACUCAUGGAGUCAGGUUUACCUCGUCCUCGUCAAGUCUUCGUCACGAAGUCCAGAAUGCUCGCUAAGAAAGUGCAGGAAUACUUUGCGAAGUUGUCCAGCUCCUUGGCAAUGGCAUCACAAUCCUCUGCCGACCUCACGAAGCUACCGAGAGCUCCCCAGUACCAAGAUGAUUUAGGGCUGAUUGACGCAGAUGAUGUUGUAGAUUGGCGGACUGAUUUACCAGCCAAGUACAGUGAACUCGAGGAGAGGCAUUUCCCAUUAUUUAUCACAUUUGAUGGCCUUUGCGACAUGUUGGAAGCUGACAUGAGUAUGCAAACGUUGAUCGACACGAGACGUACUGGUAUCAAGCGCCAGAUGGGUGUCAUUACUUUUGAAUCCUUUUGCGAGUCCUACUGGUCUCAUUUCCCCGAACCGUUGAUUAAAGGAUUAGAUCCUGCCUUGGUAUUCAGCGAAAUUAUAGGCGUCAUUGAAGGCUCGGCAGAGACACUGAGCGAAAAGAGGCAUCACCUUAGCAAAGACGCAUACCUUGAUCUCAGUAAACGCCGGCAGUCUACAUUUGCUGACCAGAGGUGCGAGGUGUACAGACUCUUUGAGUUGUAUAUACGCAAGAAGAAGUCGCAGGGAGACUAUGACACCGGUGAUCGGACCCAUGGCAUAUUGAAGCAUUUCGCGGAAAAAGGUAUUCCGGGCAAAGGUCUCGACAAUUUAUAUGUGGACGAGGUGCAAGAUAACAUGCUCAUCGAUACUAUGAUCUUGAGGGCGCUAUGUAGCAAUGCAGACGGUCUCUUCUGGGCAGGUGAUACUGCACAGACCAUUUCCAUUGGAAGUUCUUUCCGUUUCAAUGCAUUGAAGGCAUUUCAAUGGAAUGUUGAGGACCAGUACCGGAAGAAGCGCAGACUCGAAGCUCCGCAUCCGCCUGAGAUGUUUCAACUUGCGGUCAACUAUAGGUCCCAUGCAGGGAUUGUUGAUUGCGCACAUUCUGUCAUCGAUCUAGUCAUGAUGUUUUGGGCGGAUUCUAUUGAUCGCCUUUCUCCAGAGAUGGGCAUUGUAGAUGGGGUCAAACCUGUCUUUUUUAAUAAUGAAGACCACGCCCAGCUGGAACAGUUCAUCUUUGGUGAUGUCGGCAAUCAUAUCGAGUUUGGUGCUCAGCAGUGUAUCAUUGUCAGGAAUGAAACGGCAAGAGAGAGACUCCGACAGAAAGUUGGUGAAAUCGGUCUUGUGCUCACCGUAUAUGAAAGCAAAGGACUCGAAUUCAACGAUGUCCUGCUUUACAACUUCUUUGCUGAUUCACCCGUCAAUCUCGCGCAAUGGCGUGUUGUGCUGAACGCCGUCGAGGAGAGCCAGCAGGACCCUAGAAAUCCUCCUCCUCAAUUUGACCCUGUUCGUCAUGCUAGCAUUUGUAAUGAGCUCAAAUCGCUGUAUGUUGCAAUUACAAGAGCACGUGAAAAUAUCUGGAUCGCAGAUGGAUCUGAGAUGGGGGAACCAAUGAGAAUAUUUUGGACGAAAAAAGAUUUGAUUAACAAUUAUACUCAGGGAUCCGAUGCUCCUCGUCUCGCGUCUUCGUCAACGGCAGACGAAUGGGCUGCAGAAGGCCGUGAACUUUUCAAUGCGAAGCACUUCUCACAGGCCAAGCACUGUUAUGAUAGGGCCAAGCUUCCUGCCUUAGCAUCCAUCGCAAAUGCCUAUGAUUUGCGAGCAAAGGCUCGUAAAGUCAUUGGUACAUCGAGACAAAAAGUGCUUGAGCGACGUUCUUGUUUCACAGAAGCAGCCGUUUCAUUCGAGAAAUGUGCUAGUGAGGCACGCUCGAAAGAUUCCAUGACCUACCUCAGGAUCAGCGGCGAAUGCUUUGAACAAGCUGACCAGAAGGAUCGGGCUGCCGAAAAAUUUAUCCAGGUUCAGGAGUAUACCCAUGCUGCAGAGUUGUAUAGAGACAUCGGCAAAUUUGACGAGGCGGUCGAAAUUGUGAAAGCUCAUGAAGACGAAAUGUCGUUGAAGGUCGUCGAAAAUGUUAUCAAGCUUGCGAGACUAGCAUACUUCUCUGACCGCCAGAUGUCAAAGGCCCAUGAGCUAUUUGAGUCAGUCGAGAAAGAAUUGGAGUAUUUGGAAGAGAGAGAUCUUGAUAUCGCUCUUGCAGACUUAUUGGAGAAAGAAGGACGACUCAGCGAAGCUGCUGAAUUGCACUAUUCCGAGGGUCGCAAAGAAGAGGCUAUUAAGCUUUUCCUCGCUCAAACUGAAAACAAAGAUGCUUUGCGUCGAGCUCAGGAAUGCAUUCUUGAAGAGCUUUGGCGCAAAAUAUCAUUUGGUGUUGACCCCAAUGUCAUACGCUCGGAUGCUGCCGUGUCGCGGUUGUUGGAUUUUUCUUCACAGUGUAUUGUGAAGCAAACUGCGGAACUCUCUAUGUUCACUGCUAUCAUACGAGGCCAGAUAUCUCAACUGCGUGAACUGGACCAAUACUUUUCUCGGGUUCUUCGAAUUCAAGACAUGGCUCUUGUUGACGCAGUUGAAGAACUCAACCUGUUUUAUACCUAUGUGGGCCUCCUUUCUGCUGCAGCAUUCCGAACGGACCCUUGUAGGGAUGUAACGACCGCGGCGUUGUUCGGUUUUCGGCGAAUAGCAGAGAACGAGUUCCUGGUGCCCCAGAACACAUGGUUAUACUCAGAGAUUCUUAAACUUCAACCUAGGAACUUGCCUAGGGAUUCCGACUCCAAUCUCAGGCUGUCAGUACUCGAAUUACGUGGCCAAUUUCGAUAUAUUCUGAGAAGUCAUCUCCAACAAAGGGUUGCCGCCGAAAAUGACGAAUGUGCAAGAAGCAAAGCAUUUGCGCCUUGCCUCGUUUUUGCCAUAUCUGGGUUUUGUUCGCGGCCUGAAUGCCCGGAAGCUCACGCACCACCUUCGGUGAUGAAUAUCGAUUACUAUAAUAUGCGUGUUCGUCUGCACCUGCAACAAAUCUUGAUCUUGCAGUCGCUUAGAGAGAAUGCCCAUGCAGACGUGGAAUACAGAGGAACUAAAUUCUGGAUCAACCGUCUUUAUGAGGCUCUUUAUCCUCCACACCAUAUGUUUGGUUCUAUUUCCCAUCUCGCACUUUCUACAAUCCCCGAGGCCCCAAAGGCGCUAAAUGUCGUGAAAGAUUGGGUGCGAACGCUUGUUUAUGGCCGGGAAUAUCACCCCUGGACGAACUUCCUCACGGACGUGAUGCGAACAGCCGCCUUGGCUCUUGCGAUUGACCGAAGUCAGGCGGAUUAUCUCAGAAAUGCGGCUUAUUUCAGAAUAUACCCUCCAUUCAUGUAUAUUCGCCAAGGCGACCGCCUCAUUCUUCAUGAUCUUCUGGACUCGAUGUCAGGACAUCAAACAUGGUCUCUUUCGGCUGGUUUUCGAUUUUUCGAGCACGUUGUAAAGCAAAGAUUACCCGUCAACAUAGGUGUUCUGUGUGACUUUCUGGAUUUUCUUUGCAGUUCUGUCAUUCUUUGUGGCGAGCGCCUGGGAAUGACAUUACCGCACAACGUAACUGUCCCUCGUAGCUGGCUCUUGCGCUUUGUGGAAUAUGAUUUUCCGUAUUUCAACAAGGGGAUACAGACAAACUUCUAUCACGUCCUUCUAGCACCUAUAUGGGAUCUCCUGCAACAAUUGCGCGUCGGUAGAGACUCUGCGGAACAUUUAUUGUAUGGGAUUUCUAGAAAUGUUUCAAACGUGCCAUACCAAGUUCGUCACGUUUUCAUCGCAAGGAUAUUCAAGGCCAUUGGUCUAUUGGGCUACAACAUCCACAACGAUUUUCUCCGUAACGAUAUUAGGGAGCUAGUGCUAUCUUUACACCAAGAGGGCUCCUCCCUAUAUGAGCGAUACACCAGUGCAGCCAGUGACUCGUGGGAUCAAUUGGCAAACACUAUUCGUUGUUCAUUGCAAGAUGAUACCAUGGAUGAGAUGAUACAGCUCUUUCACCGGAGCAGGGUUCCAGCGAAAGUUCGCCCCUCUCCCGGAGUCCGUCAGCUUGUCUACAAUGAUUUCACGGAUAUCCGAGCACAGCUCAGUCUUUCUGCGUCUACUUCCUCUCAGACUACCUCACCGCAUAUUGAGGUUUCUGAGCGGGAGGAGCCGGAUGACAAAGCGGAGGAGGUGGAAGAUACACGAGAGGUUGAGAUACCUGAGCAGGCUACCGAUGACGAUGCUGUAGCUGCCGAUGCCAUCCCGGCGCAAGAUGUGACAACUCCGGAGCCCACGGAAAGAGAGAUCGCUGCUGCAUCCUUGAUUCAGCGGAUAUACAAGAAAGUUCUUCGUCAUCGACGAGGCAUUGCCAAGAGAGGGAUGGCCGGCCUUCAUGCACAAAUAUACGCCUCAUGCACCAAAGAAGUAUCUCGGCUUGGUGAUAACCCAGGGCUAUAUCUUCGCUUGUUUCUCGGUCCGCUGCCGCACAUUUUAGUCUGUCUCGAGACAGUUCGUGUCGAUACACUCAGCCGCAAGACGAAGACGAAAAAUAAGCUUAACAACGACUGUGACAAGUGCAAUCCUGAUGAUAUUGCCACCCUUGAUGACUCGCUAAAACAGACUACCAAGGCGAACAAAGCUGCUAUCAAACUACAAAGGCAACUCAACCCGAGUUCUGAUUUCCAUGAGCGUCGCGACAUCAAGCAACUCCGGAAACUAGUGCAAGAGGCUAAAGACCUGGUUUCUUCUCUCCCUUUCGACACUUCAGACCUAUCGGAUGAUCUGCACCUCGCUAUCAAAGGGAUCGUAACCGAACGUUCAUCUGCAGGCACACGCAAGAAACCGACGCUCAAUAAUGACGACUUGUAUUACUAA